UCUACCGUAUGUACGAUCUGAUCAUUCCUCCCACUCGACUUGACUUCCCUCAAGCUCUUAAGGAUGCUCACCUACGUCGUCACAGGAGCGAAUCGCGGGCUCGGGUUCGGCUUCGCUCGGCAACUAGCCGAGGAAGGGAACAAGGUGUUCGCUACCGCGAGAGAUGUUGAGUCUGCCGCUGACUUGGCAGCUCUGCCGGGCGUGACGGUCGUUCAGCUCGAAACUACAGACCCGGAAUCGUGCAAGAAAGCGGCUCAGACAGUCGCUGAGCUUUGCGGCGGGGCAGUCGACGUGCUUAUCGCGAACGCGGGAUACAAUGGCGUGGGCGCGUUCUACGAACUCGGUACCUUUCCCUCAGACGCGGUCCUCAUGGCCGAGGUCGAAUCCGCUUAUAAGACGAAUGUGCUCGGCAACAUCCUCACCAUCAACGCUUUCCUUCCCCUUGUACAGAGGGGCAGGAAGAAAACAGUGGUCGCGCUUUCUAGCGGAAUGGCAGACCUGAAGUUCCAGGAAGACCUGGGGUAUUCUGGAAAUGCGGUUUAUGGGGCUUCAAAGGCAGCAUUGAACUACGUGAUCGGAAAAUAUGCGAUAAGGCACAAGGACGAGGGGAUGAUCUUCGUUGCGCUCUGUCCUGGCUGGGUACGCACUUCCGGUCCCGAGGAUGAGCCAUACUCAAAAGAAGCGCUUGCGCCAUUUAUCAAAAUGCUCCAGCAAGUAGAACCUACCUGCAGUGGACCCAAAAGCUUGAGAAAUGGGACCGACGCGUGCCUCAACGUUAUCAAACGCCUGACGGUGGAACAUAACGGUCAGCUGCUUUCGUAUCAUGGGGAUAAGAAAUGGGUGUGAAGGCGCAAAGAUUGUAUUUCGGAGUUGGAUGUGGACACAACUGUUCUCUACUAUGAAUGGCUGUUCCCGCCAUGAGCAUCUGGAAAUCAGUCCUCU